CCCGGACUCUUCAGUGAGACGGACACGGGAAAAAUGUCGUUCAACUUCGGCGGCGGGACCUCGGGCAAUGCGGGCUCGUCUGGCUUUUCGUUCGGUUCAUUCGGUUCAUUCGGUGCCAAAACGACAGCGUCCUCAGCUUUUGGCUUUGGUACCGGUACCACCACUACCGCCUCAUCCGGAUUUGGUACCCUUUCUGCCCCAGCUUUUGGGGCGCCCACGACCACGACGGCCUCUACCGGGUUCGGGUUCGGCGCCGCAACCCCAGGAUUCGGGGCUUUGGGGACUGUGAGCACCACCGCUGGGGGUUUUGGUUUCGGGGGGUUUGGGUUAAACACUAACCCAGCGGCAGUUAACUUUAACAUGGGGGGCUUCGGGGCUCCUCCCUCCACUGCCACUGUCUUUAAUUUUGGAAAUAACCUCGGCGGUGCAGGUGCAUUCGGAGGUUUCGGCGCCACCACCACCUCGGCCCCCGCCGCCGGCUCCUCCUUCAACUUCUCCAACCCCGCCAACACGGGUGGCGGCCUGUUCGCAAACACCCAGAACAAAGGCUUCGGGUUUUCAUCCGGUCUAGGAGCGGGAACUGGUACCGGGGCGGGAUUCGGGUCUGGGUUGGGAGGCGGCGCCGGCGGCCUUGCCUUCGGGGGCUUCAAUCUCCAGUCCACGCAGCCGCAGCAAGGAGGUCUGUUCGGUCAGCAGGCACAAGCCCCGGCGCAAUCUAAUCACCUCAUCAACACAGCCAGUGCGCUCUCGGCGCCCACGCUGCUGAACGACGAGCGCGACACCAUCCUGGCCAAAUGGAACCAGCUGCAGGCCUUCUGGGGCACCGGCAGGGGCUACUUCAACAACAACAUCCCGCCCGUGGACUUCACCCAGGAGAACCCUUUCUGCAGAUUCAAGGCAGUGGGAUUCACCUGCAUCCCCAGCCUUAAGGACGAGGACGGCCUGGUGGCUCUGGCCCUUAAUAAGAAGGAGGCGGACGUUCGCAAUCAGCAGCAGCAGCUGGUCGAGUCUCUGCACAAAGUCCUGGGCGGAAACCCGACGCUCACCGUGAACGUGGAGGGGGUUAAAGCUCUGCCCGAUGACCAGACGGAGGUGAUAAUCUACGUGGUGGAGCGCUCACCCAACGGCACGUCGAAGCGAGUUCCCACCUCCACCCUGUUCAGCUACAUGGAGCAGCCCAACAUUAAGGGGCAGUUGCAGCAGCUCGGUGUGCUGAUGAGCAUCAGUCGGACCGCCCUGUCUCCCGCUCAACUCAAACAGCUGCUGCAGAAUCCUCCCGCAGGAGUCGAUCCGAUCAUAUGGGAGCAGGCCAAAGAGGACAAUCCUGACCCUGAGAAAUUGAUCCCGGUGCCCAUGGUCGGGUUUAAGGAGUUGCUGCGCAGGUUGAAGUUCCAAGAACAGAUGAGCAAACAGCACCAGACCAGAGUAGACAUCAUCGCCACGGAUAUCAGCGAGCUCCAGAAGAACCAGGCCACCACCGUGGCGAAGAUCGCUCAGUACAAGAGGAAGCUGAUGGACCUGUCGCACCGUGUCCUGCAGGUUCUGAUAAAGCAGGAGAUUCAGAGGAAGAGCGGCUACGCCAUCCAGGUGGAUGAAGAGCACCUCAGGGUUCAGCUGGACACCAUCCAGUCUGAGCUGAACGCCCCGACUCAGUUUAAGGGUCGGCUGAACGAGCUGAUGUCACAGAUCCGGAUGCAGAACCACUACGGCGCGGUGCGAGCUGAGGAACGCUACAUCGUCGACACUGACCUGCUGAGAGAGAUCAGACAGCAUCUGAAGCAGCAGCAGGAAGGACUGAGUCACCUGAUCAGUGUGAUUAAAGACGACAUGGAGGACAUCAAGAUCAUCGAGCAGGGACUGCAUGAUAGUGUACACGUGAGGGCCGGGAAACUCAGCUGACCAGGACACACACACACACACGCACAUACACACACCUCAGUACAUAUACAUACACGCACACACUCACUGUCUUUCCCUUACAGGAAUAAACACAUACAAUAAACACAUCAAGGAACCAGCGCUUCUCGUCCUCACAUGAAUUAUUCAGCGUUGUAGUUGUUGGAGUAUUUCACAGAGCAGCAAUGACACAUACAGUAAGGAGGAUUUAAAAAGACAACGAGCAGCCAUGAGACAAAUUUGUUCAAGUGUGUGUGUGUGAGAGAGAGAGAGAGAGUAUGGUCUGACAGGAUGGUGAUUUCUUUCUUUUUUUUAGUAAGUGUUUGUAUAAAUAUAGCAUAUUUUUUUCUAAAGCACCCAAGGAUCUCUAAUAAAGAACUCCUGGAACUUGUUUAAUUAAA